AGAGAUUGGAAAUGGCGGAGAGCAGAGACCAAAGCGAUAACUUGGGUUUGCAAACGCGAGUGCGCCGUCAUUGAAACGCAGAUACCACCCACAAGUCAUCCUCGGAGUUCCUUACGGUUCGCCACUGCCGAUGGGAUAUAAGUCGGACGCAGCGACAAAGGGAUUUUCGGAACAAGGUUUGGAUUUAGCGAGCUGGUUAGCUAGCUAAGCUAACCGUGCUAGCAAGCCUGGCGUUAGCUAGCUCCAAGUCGUGUGUGUGAUUUUAACUACGCAGGCUUGUUUGUCAACAUAAGCUGACGUUAAAUUGCUAGCGAGCCAGCUAACACGCAACUUUUCUUUGCCCGGUUUCCAAGCGAACCCACUCGGGUUUACAACAUGUUUGCCACAGCUCACCGCAAAAUUAUUAACCCUAAGUAACAGUGGAUAAAAAAAAGUCAAGACAUCUGACUAUCCUUGACUCGAGCAGGCAGUAAGUUAAGCUGGUUAGCUAAAGUUAGCUAACUGGCUUGUUUCACGCAAGCUGCCGUCUGCAUGGGAAUUAAUCAUCCAGCGUGACAACUUACAGCAGGACCCCGUGGGCUCUUUCUCUUUAUAUACAAGUUAAACGGACGACUAAACAGUCAGAGGCCAACAGGCUUCUCCCCGCACCUGGGAUGGUGCCAUGUGACAGAGCGGCCGUGGAGCCAUAACCCAGCCACCACUACUGCUCCAUCACUUUGACUCCAAGCUGUUUGGCCACCACUGAUCUCGCCGCCCGCCCCCCUCCCAGUCGCCCCUGCCUCCCUUUAUCUUUGCUCUGAGCCCUGGACAAGGCCGACCACAGCCAACACAUGACUCACCCACUGGAGCCCUAGAUCAAGUCAGUUAAAGCUGAAAAUGAGUGCAGUAGGGGAAAAUCCCCUGGACCCUGCCACGCCAGAGUCACGCAAGAGGAAGGGCUCACCAUGCGACACAUCAGGGCAAAGUGUGGAGAAGCGGAGACGGGAGCUGGAGUGCCGCUACAUCGAGGAGCUGGCUGAGCUGCUGUCAUCCAACAUGGGCGACAUUGCCAGUCUCAGUGUCAAGCCCGACAAGUGCCACAUCCUCAAGAGCACCGUGGACCAAAUCCAGCAGAUGAAACGGCGUGAGCAGGAGAAAGCGGCUCUUCUGUCUCCCGAUGAUGAGGUGCAGAAGAGCGACAUCUCCUCCAGUAGCCAGGGGCUGGUGGAGAAAGAGGCACUGGGGCCCAUGCUGCUAGAGGCCCUCGAUGGGUUUUUCUUCGUCGUCAACCGGGAGGGCCGCAUCGUCUUUGUUUCUGAGAACGUGAUGAGUUACCUUGGGUACACCCAGGGCGAGCUGAUGACCUCAAGCGUCUACAGCAUCCUCCAUGUGGGAGACCACAAUGAAUUUGUUCGCAAUCUGCUGCCCAAAAGCCUCGUGAACGGUGUGCCGUGGCCACAGGAACCUGGCCGAAGGAACAGCCACACCUUUAACUGUCGCAUGCUGAAGAGGCCACCGGACGAGCUGGAUUCAGAAAAUCCGGAGGCUCGGCAGCAAUAUGAGAUCAUGCAGUGUUUCACCGUGUCCCAACCACGGACCAUGCAGGAGGAGGGAGAGGCUUACCUGCAAUAUUUCAGACUGAUCCGCUGUGAGCAAAUGCCGAAAUGCCCGUUGUCUGGUUUUACUGAUCUUGUGUGUGUGUGUGUGUGUGUGUGCUGCUCUCCUCCAGGGAAGAUCAUCUCCAUAGAAACUAGUGCUUUGCGAGCAACAGGCCGGCCUGGCUGGGAGGACCUGGUCAGGAAGUGCAUCUACGCUUUCUUUCAGCCGCAGGGCAAAGAGCCCUCCCACGCCAAGAAGCUGCUGCAUGAGGUGAUGACCCACGGCACCGCCAUCAGCCCGUUGUACCAUUUCACGUUAAGUGAUGGCACCCCGCUCAGCGCUCAGACCCGCUGCAAGUUCUGCUGCCCCCCCAACCCUGACGUACAGCCCUUCAUUAUGGGCAUUCACACUAUUGACAGGGAACACAACACUGCUAGCUCUCAGGAAAACACUAACCCCAGCCUUCCACCGACCCUCGGCAGCCUUGCCCAAACUCCCUCCCGCUCUCCUUCCCUUCCUCCCGGCAGCAACUGGACCCAAGGCUCAGGCCUCGCCUCCUCGGGCCUUCACCCCAACAACAUCAACACCUCCCCCCACGGACAUAAUCCAGCCACACCCACAGGCUACCUGACGCCCAAUCGGACCUGUCCCCAGCAGGUCAACAGCCCCUCUCCUUUGAGCAGCCCACUCACAGCCACCCCUACCUCUUUUAUGUCACCCAGGAUGCCACGGGCCAGUCCUGGGUUAGGGGGAAGUCCUCGGGUACCGGGGAACCCCUUCUCUCCUUCCACACCAGGCCUCCACUCCCCAGCCGGGGAACUAAGUAGUGGAGGCAGCCUCAACAGGCAGCAGUCCGGCGGCGAUGGUAGUAGUGGCGCCAGCGGUGGGUCAACGGGGUCCUUCUCCCUGUCCUCUCCUGUCCUACAGAGACAAGCCAGUACACCCACCGGCUCCUCUACUCGGCCUCCAUCUGCAAAAGAGGGAGAAGGAGGGGGAGAGGACUCUGGUAAAGCCCCCCUUCCUUCUGCCUCCCAGCUGGGUAACCCCAGACUCAGUCAGCUCCUGGAUAGCAAUGGGACGGGAGCUGAAUCCAACAACAACAGAAUCCACUGCACCUCAUCACCUCAUCCUCCGAACCCUCCUCCCGCCCCUCAGUGCCCUGCCUCACACAGUACUCUAACGGAACGACACAAGAUUCUGCACCGGCUGCUGCAGGACACCAGUCCCAAUGACACCUCCACCACCAGCGAGGAAGGACUAAACAAAAAUGACAUUGAGAUCAAGAAGGAGCCGCCUGCCAGUCCGGCUCUGACCGCAGCACCUCCAAAGUCCGGCUCCGGCUCCGGCUCCAGAGAGCCACAGGACCAUCAACUACUCCGAUUUCUCCUGGACACAGACGAAAAGGACCUGGGGGACCUGCCACCUCCAUCUGCUCUCAGCCUGCAGACGGUUAGAGUAAAAGUGGAGAAGAGAGCCAGCGUGGAUGGAGUGCCGUGUUCGGGGUCUGCCGCUGCAGCAGGAGGUGCAUCCAAACCUGCGGGAGUUUGCAGCAGCUCGGCGUGCAUCAGCCCAAAAUCGAGCCCCAUCGGAGAGAACCGUCGAGACAGCCGCAGAGACAGCCGAGACUCCACGAUGUCUGGUGGCCCUGUUGACAUGGACCCUCUCACCCAGCUGCUGCCUGGCCUGAGAGGCCCGAGUGGGGCCAAGCAGGGCAGCGAGGAUUCAUCCACCCCUGGAGGAGGCCCCCAGCUCCACUCUCCAGCCCCUCAGCCCCCAGCUCAGCUCCAGUCCCCCUUGCCUCAGCUCCAGUCCCCUCUGUCCCAGCCCCAGUCGCUUCCCCAGCUCCACUCCCCGUCGCCCCAGCUCCACUCCCCUUCCCCCCAGCUCAAACUGCAGUCACCCACUCAGCUCCAGCCCGGUGAGGCCAGCACUCCCCGCAAUGUAAAUGUGAAGAGAGAGCCUCCAGGCACUCCUAACAGAGGACUCAGUGAUGGCGGCCCGCCCUCCGGCUGCAGCCUCCAGAGUCAGUCAUCCUUUGACUUCUGCAGCCCCCCGACUCCAAGCCAGACACAGACCCAGGGCCAAGGAGACCCCUUCCAGACCCCGAAAGACAGCAGCCCCUUUCCAGAGGCAGAAAUUAUCAACCCAUUCAGUUCAAGCACUGGCCUGUCCAAGAUGGAUGUGGGAGAAUCCCAGUUCCAGCCUCUGGCUCUGUCUGACACUUUGUCCUUCGAUGGUCUUGGAACCCCUUUACAAGCUCCCUUGGCAUCACCACAAGAGCAGUGUGUGCCCUGUACGCUGGAUGAAGUGCUGGGCCCUCCGACAACCCCCGAGGGCCGAAACGAUGAGAAAGCUCUGUUAGAGCAGCUCGUCUCCUUCCUGAGUGGGACUGAUGAGAGUGAACUGGCUGAGCUGGAUAAGGCCCUGGGUAUCGACAAACUGGUGCAGGGUGGCUGUUUUGACCCCUUGCCUCAAAACUUCCCGACCCAGCAACCCACUGCCACCCCAGGUUCCAUGGACCCUAAACUCCCCACCUACCCUUCCCAAUUCACACCAGCUCCACAAGCUCAGUUUCCUCCAGAGCUGGCCACGGUGGUGGGGCCACAGGGCCUGGGAUUCGGAGCCCCCCGAGCGGCUUUUCCCGGCAGCACGGCGGGCGUCGGGCUGAGGCCGGGCAUGACGCGACCGCAGGGGAUCGGCACUCAGCUCAGGCUGCCACCCAAUCAGCUGCGCCUGCAGCUGCAGCAGAGGCUGCAGGGCCCACAGCAGCUCCAGAACAGGAUGGCAGGCAUGAAUCCGUUUCCUGGAGGAGCCCAGCAUGUGAACAUCGGGAUUCGUCAGGGGGUCCAACAACCUCAGAUGCCCUCUCAGCAGCCUCCGCUGAAUGCCCAGAUGCUGGCCCAGCGUCAGAGGGAACUCUACAGCAUCCAGCACCGUCAGCGCCAGCUUUUCCAGCAGAAGGUCAUGCUGAUGAGACAGAACAUGGCGGGCGCUCCGACUGGAGCCGUGGGGCCCAUCGGAACUGCCAGGGUCCCGAAAGGUCCCCCAACAACGCCUCAACAGCAGCAGCAGCAGCAACAGCAGCAGCAGUUCAACUUCCCACCAGGGUACAACCCGUUGACGGGAAAAUCCCCUACCUCACCAAGUCACUUCAGCCCCAUGACCGGGGGCCCCCUGGACAACAAGCUGCCCGGCAGAGUUCCCCUGAAUAACCAGACGCUGUUGGGCGGCGUGCAGGGCCAGUUCAGCAGCACCGUGAACUCCUCAUUGCAGCAGGGCCUGUUUCAGCAGUUUGGAGGGUCUGCCAUCACCCAGCCAGACCCAUCUUUCCCUCCUGAGAUGAGCCCGACCAGCCCAUUGUUGUCACCUCAGAACUCCACCUCCCAGAGUCCUCUGCUUCAGCAAGCCCCACCCCCUGGCUACCAGUCACCAGAAAUGAAGAGCUGGCAACAGACAGGCAUGGGCAGCAACAGCCUGUUUAGUCAGUCAGGACAGAGUGCAGGGCAGGCUUUUGGCCAGCAGGGGGUUUACAACAAUAUGAGCAUCACCGUCUCCAUGGCCGGGGGCUCGGGUGGUGUCGGCUCAUUACCUCCCAUGGGGCAGCCGGUUGGCAUGAGCAACAGUAACCUCAGCAACGUCGGUUCAGUGUGCAGCGACCAGCAGGUGCAGCAGGUUCAGGUGUUUGCGGACGUCCAGUGCACAGUGAACCUGGUUGGCAGUGACUCCUACCUGAACCAGGGCUCUAUCGGAGCCACGGCCUCCCAGAAGGGCCCCGGACCGCAGGGCUCCCAGAACAACCAGGCCCAGCAGAAGAGCCUCCUCCAGCAGCUGCUCACCGAGUGACAACCCACAACCCUGUUCAGCUAUCCUAUACUCCCUCUACUUCUCACUUCUACGCCUCCUCCUCGGAGGUCGGUGCACCAGACCCAUUGCUGUCUCUGUCUCACCUUUUGGAUGGAUGGAUGGAUGUUUGGACGACCAUACGAGUAGGCUCGGAGGGGUUUGGCUGCUGGUGGAGUUAUGCAGCCUGCCCAUGUCUGUGCGGAGGGGAUUCAGGGCUGGUUGUCUUACCGCCCAGUACUUUAAGAAAAGACUCAAGUCAGAAGGAGCAGCAGUGUAUUUAAACCUGCCUGUCUAAUCUGUCUGACAACCUGUCUGUCUGCCUCAGCCUAUUAAAGGCAGUGUUGUCUUGCUGCUCAUUCCUUGGUGACCUACUUCCUGCUUCCUGACCCAAGAAAACAACUGCGACAUCAUUGUAGAUUUGCCAAGUUGUCGUCACUGUCAAAUCAGGGCCGGCCUCCUUUUCUUUUUCUUUUUUUUUUUUUUCUUUCGUUUUUUUGUUUUGUGAUGGGAUGGUUUCUGUCAGGCCGUCGCAGCAGCAGCAGUGCAUCUUGGGAGCAUGAGUUGCAGCAUACAGCUGAGCUCAUCGUUUAAAGUGUGGGAGUAUCCCACACAGCAGUACCUCUGGCUUUUUAUUUUUGUUUGUUUUAUUUUGUUUCAUUUUGUUUUUUCCUCUACCUGUCUCUCAGCGAUGUGGGAAUGUUAAGGUUUCAGACCUCUGUGGCAUUGUGGGAUAGAAGCUCAGUAUCAGCUGGUUCUGUGACUGUCUCUCUCUAUCAGCUACAGUGCCUGGUGGAAGUUUGAGUUUUUCCCAAGCUCUGCUUCUUCUUCUACAUAUUAUUCUAUUACGUCUUCUUGUUUUUAUUUUUAUUUUUAUUUUUUGGGUUGAAUUGUUUUGUUUAAAAAAAAAUCUUCUGCUCUCACCGUCGUCGUCGUCGUCAUCAUCGUCAUCAUCUUCACGAUCAUCAGAACAAGCUUUGACAACAGCCAGAAUGGAUUGACGGAUGGAUGGAUGGAUGGAUGGAUGGAUGGAUGGAUGGAUGGAUGGAUGGGAGACAGACGGGAUGCUGCUCAGUUUGGAACUUACGUGUCUUUCUCCCCCCCCACCCCCCCCCACCCCCCCCCCACCCCCCGGGAGGAGGUUUUAUUUUUAUUUUUCUCAAAAUAUAAAAAAGAGACUGUUAUGAUUAUUUAACUGUCUGUCCGUCACAUUUUACCCCUCACCUCAGCAGCUGUGAAUACAGAGCCCUGUUGGGUUCUUUCUUUCUCUCUUUCUCUCACUCUCUCUGUGUAUCUUUCAUGCUAUCUCUCGGCCUAUCAGUGUUGUUUGCCAUGUGCACCAUGCAGGCGGGUAGUAUUGUACAGUACAGAAGGACAAAGACUUGGGGGUGAGCUCACUCUUCUCUUGUAACUGCUUUCCUCUAAAAAAGAAAAAAAGUGUAAUUAAUUGAUUACUCAGAACAGCAAAACUAUGUAUAAUGUGAUUCGAUCCAGGUUUUUAUUUUUUUAAAUUCUAAUAAUGUCAGCUCAUGGUUUUUGAGAUCAUUUUUUGGCAUCAUGAUAUUGUAACACCGCUACAUGUUGCAGUGGAGGAGGAAGUUAUUCCAUCUUCUGAAAUGUGAAAAGAAAAAUUUAAAAGCAAUUGAUUAUGAAACAUAGCUAGAAUCUACGCUCCCUUCGACAUCUCAUCCAGUGCUACAAGAAGCCACGAAACUUUCCGAAGAAUAUAAAAAAAAACGGGGUUGGAUUGCUUUGCUUUCUCUUGUCGUAACCAGGGAGCUAGUUAGCCAUCUUCUCUUGCUUUCUCCUCUUUUUUUAUUCUUAUGUAUGUACAAUACUUUGGAGAAAACUUCUCACACAGUACAUGUGUUUGCAACCAUUGUAUAAAAAAAAGCAUAAUGAUACCUUAAGCUGCGUUCUUUGCUGUGAUUACGUGACCUCUGGUGAUGCUAACGGUACUGAGCCGCAUUGACGUUGCGCCCGUCGUCACAGCAAAAACAGCGCGCUUUCUGGAUAUUGUUCCUAUAUAAUGACAUUUAAGUAGAGGCUUUAGUAAUAGAAGUUCCUAACAAAGAUGUGAUGGAUAAUUCAUUUAAAGCUGUCAUGAAAUUGAAUCAAAACAGGAUGGGUUGAGUCACCAAAAAAAAAAGGUAUUAUUUUCUUCUGCAAAACCUGUUUUAUCAGUGUUCUUUUGUUUUUGGGGAUUCAACCCUCUCCUCCCUCCACCUCUGGUUCCCUGAUAAAGACUUCACUCCACUGGCUAAACACACAUGCAGUUUUCUGUCGACUACUGUUGCUCAGUCAGACACUGUCUCUCUCAGCGAUAACAGACCUCUGUUAACUAAAAAAUGUGCUACUUAUAGUACACACUCUACCAGGAAGUUAGAAAAAGGAAAAACCCUGCCGAGACAUUGCCUCUAAAUAUUCUUUACAUGACUCAAUUAAUGUAAAGAUGUCGGGUGUAAGAAAUACCUGACACACUAUACCCAAAGGUUUGAAGUGUAGGAUGCUAUAAGGACUGAAGUCACACAUGUUUUGUAUCAGUCUCUCUAAGGGAUGUUUUGAAUCUUUUGAAGUGAGGCUGUAUGAGGUACCUAUCCUUAGUUAGUGUAUUGCCUAUGGUAGACGUCAGCCAGCACACCCCCACUUUGGAGAAGCAGGCAGGAGUACUGCCACAGUGAUGGCAGUGUAAACAGCCGGAAUCAAGACAGUUUAUUUGCCCCAAUUCUGAGGCAUCGUUUAUCCUGAGUCUCAGCCAAGUCAGGCAACCAGGUGCAGCCCAACUUAUUUUUUUUCAGCAUACCAAGUUUGGGCCGAUGCUGGGCUAAGUCAUUUUUGGUUCCAGUGACAGCAAUGUUGGCAGCCGGUAUCAGGCCAGGUUAUUUGGCUUGAUUCUGGGGCUUGAUUCAUCCUGAGUCUCAGCCUAGGAUAGACACCGGAAGCGGCCCAACUUAUUUCUUUCAGUUGGCCAAGUUUGGAUCCAUGCUGGACCGAAUCAUUUUUGACAACGGCCUGGUCACAGCAGUGUUGGCAGCCGGAAUCAGGACAGUUUAUUUGCCCCGAUUCUGAUCCGUCAUUCAUCCCAAAUCUCAGGCAAGUCGGUGCACCAAGUUUGGGUCGAUGCUGGGCCAAGUUAUUUUUGAUGACAACCUAGUGACAGCAGUUUUGGCAGCCGGGAUCAGGCCAGGUUAUUUGGCCGUCAUUCUGGGACAUCGGGAAUGUCAUUCAUCCCGAGUCUCAGCCAAGUUGGGCAACUGGGUGUGGCCCAACGUAUUUCUUUCAGCGUGCCGAGUUUGGGCCAAUGCUGGGCCAAUUCAAUUUUGAUAACGGCCCAGUGAUGGCUGUGUCAGCAGCUGAAUUCGUGACAGUUUUUUGGCCUGAUCCUGGGGCGUCAUUCACCCCAAGUCUCAGCAAUACAACAGCUUCAGUUCCCUGUCUGAAAGGGCUGUCUGCGUUAUGGUAAAGUGGUGAAAAUAUGACUUUUUUAUUUAACUUUCUAUAACUAAAAUAUGUUUGGUUGCUGCUCCAGUCAACAGCAGUUCUUUGCUUAGCUUCCAUGGCGGUACUCUUGAAGCUCCUCCAAGCACUAAGCGUGCCGACUGACAUCUAUUUUAUUUAAUACGCCGAUUAUGGUAAAGUACCUCAUAGAACCCCACUUCAAAAAAUCUAAACCAUCCCUUUAAGGCCUUUUUACACAGGAGUAAUUUUACCAGGGAGCAUCCAGUGAUCUGUACCAACCACAAAGGUCCUCUUCUGUCAAAUCUGCCACGUCUCUACUCCAGCACAACAUCAGAUGUUCCCUGAUCGAACUACUCCUGUGUGAUUCCUCGUUCUUGGUUCAUUGUUUCUCUCUUCCUUGUGUCGUGGAAACUUGGGGACAGUAGUGGAAUCUGUGGAGAGGGUUUGUUUUUGUUUUUGUUUGCACACAGCAUAGACCUCACAUCCCGAUAUUCGUUUCAUCACCCCUCUGUAAAUGCAACUACCUAACUCAUCACUCAAAUUAGGUCAACAACAUUACAGUCCACUUCAGUGGAAUAGGGCUUUCUUGUGUACUGUUUUUAUUUUUACAGAGAUACUUUUACCGUAUGCAACAGAUAUAGAGGGAUAGUAUGCAAGGUCAACAUUCCACCCACCAACUCUUCGAUGUUGUAUGAUGUGAGAACCACUUUGUGCUCCGCUGAAAAGCUCUGUGUGUGUAUUUGUACGUGUUUAUGUACAGAUCCAAACAGAGGCUCAGGAACAGUCGUUAAUCUUUCUUAAUAACUUUAAGUCCUAAAUGCAGGAAAGUUUUGCUCCUGAACUCAAAACAGAAUUUUCAAAACUGAUUUACCAAUGGGUUUCUAUUUUUUCUACUUCUACAUUUCUGUGUAUGUAUUUAUUACAAACCAUCCAUAGAGCGUCUCUUUAUUACCUCGUUGUUUUAUCGGACAGAAAUUCUGUCUUAUAUUCUUUCCUUUUGACCAUGUUUUCACACUGCGAGCAGCUUGUUUGAUCAGAAAAACCCUGCAAAUGUUUCUGCUUUAUCUGUUUAACAUUUGGCAGUUUAACAUGGUUUUGAUUCAACGAUGCUGGCUAUCAAGCACUUCUUAAAUUGAGAAUGAGAGAAAUUAACAACCGGAGAAAUUUUUACAGGAGAAGCUAGAAUAUGAAUGUUGGUCCUUUUUGGUGACUAAUAAUAAUACUGAUCAGAAAUUUUAUUUUUAUAGCACCUUUCAUACAAGAAAUGCAGCACAAUGUGCUUUAAAAGAAAGUCAGUAUAAGCACUGAGUGCUUCCCCAUGAAAAUAGAAUGAACACAAAACAGAGUCUAUUCAUAACAUCAUGGAGUUGUAAAAACUAUAAAUGAUAAAAUCGAGUAAGAUUUUAAAACGGUUGCAGCAGGGUGACGCGUACAUGGAAAGUAAAAGUGUAAAAAGAAAGAGUUUCAGACCUGUAUUAGGAAUAUCAGAGCUAGUUAAAGGCUAAAGUGAACAAGUGCGUUUAUAGAUUUCUUUUAAAAAAAAUUUAGCGAGCUAGCUCCCCUGAUAUCCAUAAGUAAUGUUCAUAGCUUUGGGCCGUCAUUGACAAAGGCUGCAUCCCGAUCGUCUUCCUUAAUAACUAAACUUAAACAAUCAAAAUUUGGACACCAAUGCAGUAGUAAACUGAAUCCUACCUGCAAUUUACUUCAUUAAAGGACCCAUAUUGUCACUUUUUAGACAAGAUUCGAUUCCACUUUUGGUCUCUGAUGAUCAGCAGUUGUACUUCCCUUUAAGGAGUUGGAGAGCGACUCAGAAAGCAAGUUUUCGAAAAACAACAGUCACUAGAGUCUGAGGCUUUUGAUUGCCUGCACUUAGAUUAAUGUCCAUUUUAGCACUUAGUAGGGCAGUGUUCUCAAUCAUUUCAUGUCAAGUACCCCUGAAUUAAUACACUGUCGGUCACAGACCCCCAUUUGAUAAGAUUUUAUUUCAGGCACCUCCAUCUGAAAGGAUUUUGGUUGUUAGGUCAGAAAAGUCUUACUCACAUUGGACUUACUUUAUAGUGAAAAUAAGCUAUUCCCCCGGAACUCCGUCAAGGACCCCUGGUUGAGAAGCACUGUACGAGGCAGCACUGUUAUACAGAAAAAGAAAGCCCAUUAGAAAUCUAAUUUCCAAUUGGUGACAAGCGUCUUGAGUAACUAGCCUUGUCAUGUUGCUUGUUAUUAUAGAUCAGGCUUCUCACAGUGUGAACGCACCAGUCAGACGCUCCUGUGCCGCUGUUUGCUCGAUGUAAAAUACUCUAAAGAGACAGAAGCUCAGCACAAAGUGGAAGAAUGUUUCUAUUUCUGGAAGGAUUCUGCCAGUUUCAGCCUCCUCUUGUUUAUCUGCUCUGAUGUUUUCACACAUACAGUAUUGACACCCCCCCCCCCCCUUCCUUUCACUUUUCUGCGUGGAAUAGGCAUUCCUAUGGAAACAGUUUCCUCUACAAAACCCUGUCAACUGCAGAAACAGCAACUGUCAGCUUAUCAAAAACAUGCCAAAUACAACCAAUGUAAUCCUUUUUUUUUUUUUUUGUUACGGAACAGCCAUUCAACGGAAAACGACAGUCCCUCCUUCCUCACUACAGUUAACAGGUACAAGGUUCUUUUAUAACAUUGGUUUCAAGAUGUUAACAUAAUGUAUAUAACAGAGAAAUGUGAAUAUGUAUUUGUUCAGAAUCAACAAAAAAAAGUAGUGCUCCGAGUUUGUGGUAAAAAAAAAAAAAAAAAAAAAAAAAAAAAUUCUAAACAAAAAAAAAACUACUCGCCUCAGUCAUGUUUUUAUUUUAUGUUUUCUACUUUUUUAUUUUUCUGAUGAUGUAUGUAUGUAUAUGACUAUCAGUGAGUGCGUAUGUAUGUGUGUGAUUAAUACUGUAUAUCUGGUGUUCUCUAAGAUGGAAAAGUGGAAGAUGUCCUGGUUUGAUUCUUUUCUUCUUUUUACUCUUUAGACCCUGCACAGUACCUGUGGGUGUUUCAGAUAACUAUGCCAGAGAAUGGUUUAGCGACUGCUGAAUGUGAUUUUACUGAGAGAGAAGCAGUGUGGACUGGCUUUUUGUACGGGUUAAUUUAAAAAAAAAAAAAAAAAGGCCAUAUUAUUUAAUUUUCUCUGUUGUCAAAAGUUUAAGCAGAUCUGGGAGAGUGGAGCCUUGGUUUUAUGGAGAAGCAUUGCCUGGUUGUUGUAAAUGAGUGGGCUUUUAUUUUUUUUAUUUUCUAACUGUCUGACUGAUGUAGCCUUUUUUGCAUUUGUCAAUAGUAAAAUGACCAAAGCUUCAAGAUGUUUGAUGGAUAUCAUAUGCAAAACCUCAUCAUCACUGGACAAGACAUAAUGUAGCGGCCCUUUUAUUUUUUGUCAAUUUGGAUUUCUCACACAGCGACAUUCUGCUGCUGUUUGUUUUGCAUGUUCGUCUUUUCCUUCGCUCGUUACUUUCUUAGACACAAUCUGUCCUUUAAAGCGGCCUGACGUCGGGUCGCUUUAGAGACGUCUCCACUUUGCCAAUGAGGUCUUUUUUGUGCCUGAAGUGCUAUCACUCGUUUACAGGAAGAAAAGAAAACAUUGCAACCGAUAGCUAUGCACCUUACUGAAACAAGCAUUUCCUCAUGUUGACUUAGGUAUGUAGAAUUAACACUGGAGCAACACUAAAUCAUUAAUUUCAUAGGCAAAGUAUUUGUAGUUACUUUACGAAAACAAUGAAAGCCCCUUCAGUUAGCGUAGUGAAUUUAGUUGAUCUCUGAUGACCUCUCUCAGCUUUUAAUCGCAUUCUUGGAAAAAGAAAAGUUUUUUUUUUUUUUUCCAUUAACUGAAUACUUUAUACCAAACUUAAGGUGCCUCGUGUAUAUACUUUCUGCAGUAAAGAUUGCUCCUUUGCUGUUUAACAAUAAUAACCUUGUUAACCAGGGUUUUUUUAAACCUUUUUUCACCUUUAUAAAAAAAAAAAGUUUACUGUAUUUUAAAUGAACUUUUUUACACAAAUAGAAGAUUAAUCAAAUUAUUCCAGGAAUUUGCAAAUACAAUCUAAUUUUGCACUUUAUACCAGAUUUACUUGGAGUGACAAGGCCAUCAGAAACUGUCUCAAUCAGAUCAGUAUUUGGAGAUAGAAAAAGUCCCCUGAAUGUACCAAGAAAAUUAUUGACUAGCUCAGGUUCUUUAUGAAGAACUUGACUGUAGUGGAUACCCAUUAUCCAAAUGAUGACUAAAAAUUGUACACACUUUACCUUCUUUGUAAUGUAUCUCGUGUCUCUUUCUUUCUCUGUCUACACCAACCGAUCCUCAGUAUUAAUACUAUGCCAAUCUUCUUCAGGUGACCCCCCUCCACCCCUUCUCUUCCUCUCUGCGCUGUCAGCUGACACCUGGCGAACUGUUAAAAAAAAAAAACCUCCAGCUCGAACUCUCAGAACAUUCCUGCUCACAACACAGUUUCAGCUACCGUCAACACUUAGCUCUGUAGCUGCCGCCACCGCUCGGCAUUCACUUUUCCCGCAGCUUUGAACGUGUUUUUCCUUAAACCAAGGUGGACACUCGCUUUUCCUUAGUUCAAGUCUGGUUGUGUGAGACUUAGCCUCUGCUAUCUAGCAACAAUUGUGCACUGACAUAAAUGACAACACACUAACUGUGUUGCUUGUCUUCUCUGUUUUGCUUGUCUUGUCACACUUCUGUGCUGCCUAAUGUGGAAUAUGUUGUGGUGUGCCAAUGACACCAAGACCAGGCCGAGGCUUGGUGCAGGAUCGGGCCAAUGUGUGGUGCAGGAUUGGUUUAAUGUUUGGUGCACGAUUGGGCCAAUGUCUAGUGUAGGAUCUGGUCAGUGUCUGGUGCAGGAUCGGGCUAAUGUCUGGUGCAGGAUAAGGCCAAUCUCUGGUGCAGGAUUGGACCAGUGUCUGGUGCAUAAUCAGGCUAAUGUCUGGUGCAGGAUCGGGCUAAAGCCUCGUGCUGGACCAGGCUAAAGCCCAGGCCAAUGUCCAGUGUAGGUUAUCAUGUUUGGUGUCAUGGAAAUUCAUAGCAAAAAAACAAAAGACAAAAAUAUAUUUGAAGCAUGAAAUAUAUUCCAUACAUGAAAGGAGGAUAGAGUUUGAUCAUUUUUUUUCCCUGAAGCAUUCUCAUUGGUCCAAACUGGUAUUUGUGCACCGCUAAGACUCUCCAUAGUCCUUAAACUCCCACUCAUUCCUAAUGCAGGUGUUCAAAACUAAUCUCUACUCUGUGUGAACAGCAUCAGUAAAGUAUUGUAAAGUGCUGUCGUAUUGGGACUGAGGUUGGAUAUGGUUCAGAGACUUUACAAGAAGGCUUGUUAUUAACUCACCACUUUGUGUUGGUUUUGGGGGGACGGUAAUGCUUUCUCUGGAGAAUUUGACAAAAAAUGACCAAGGUUCCACUUUCUCCCUUGUACAAAUUAAUAUAAAUAAAUAUAUAUAAAUAUAUAUUAUACAUUUUACUCAUUUUUGUCCAGUUUUGUAUAUUACACUCAUGUAAAGUUUGUUUUUAAAAGAGGCAUCGGAGCAGCUAUUACAAGACAAUAUGAGUGACAAUGUUCAUCUGGGAGAAUUUUAUGCAUGUUAUAUUUUCUCUUUUUCUCUCUCUCUAUCUCUCUCUCUGUCUCUUUUAAUACCCCCCGACCCCCCUGUUCAGGUGUGUAACGUGAAUAUAAAGAAAUCUACCUUUUCUUUGGAAUGUUGUAGACAAUCAGUCUCAGGCCGGGUCCAGUCCCUGCAGGGAGUGAGAGCCCUGUAGGCUGAUAGACAAACAAAAAACUAUUUUUGUUUGACAAUUAAAAAACUUUUAUUUGCAUCUACUGGAAGUCUAAAUUUGGAGGUUUGUUCAUUCAUAUGUUCGUGGCUGCUCAAGUUUACACACACACACUUCUCUACUACACUCAAAACACAAACACCUCGUGCAUUUGAUCCCUCUGCUUUUUUUUUUUUUUUUUCCAAGGUGAGGAUGCCAACCUUGAGGAAAUGAUGCUUUGACUAACAAAUCUAUAACAUCUAUGAAUGUGGGAAUGCAACACAUUGCAAUAAAAGCACCAUUUGAAAUGCA